AUGGUUAAAAAACUCCCAGAUGAUUGUCUCGAUCAGAUUUUUAGGUAUUUGGUUGAAAAUGCAUGUUCCUUAUAUUCUUGUUUAUUAGUAAAUAAACAAUGGGCAUCCGUCGCUAUUCCAAUAUUAUGGACUAAUCCUUGGAAAUAUGAAAACCCUUUUAAAGAUGAAGUUGAUGAAACUUUUUGGCCAUUAAUUAUCAAAACUGUUUAUUCUUGUUUCUCAUUUGAUACAAAAGAUUUACUUAGAAAAAAUGGUUUAGAUUUAAUAUUACAAGGUUGUGCAUCAGCUACGUUUGAUUAUGUUCGUUAUUGUCAACAUUUAUCACCGGAAAUUAUUGAUCAAUUAACUCAUGAAAGAACUUUUAAUGAACCACGUGAUCAUAGACCUUUUCGUGAUUAUUUAGUUGAACAAGAACUUUAUAAACUUUUUAUGUCACGAUCAUCUUUAAGACAUUUAGUUUUACCAAAGACUCCACUUUCUUAUUGUCCUGGAUUUGGUUUAUGUUUACAAAAAUUACGAGAACUCGUUUGUCGUUCAGAUCAUUCAGUUGAACUUUUUUAUGGAUUGGCUCAAACUUGUAAAAGUAUACAAGGAAUUAUAGUAGAUCCAUGUUUUGAUGAUAAUGCAGGUUUAGCUGCACUUAUUGAAUUUCAAACGAAUUUAAAAUAUUUAGAAAUACAUGCACCUGAAGCACGAGAAGUUGAAUGUACAUUAAUAGGACAAGCAAUUGUAACUCAAGCACAUACAUUAAUUUAUGUUCAUUUUCAAGGGUUUUUAUGUAUUCAUCCAUCAACACUUGGAUCUUUAUAUAAUUUAAAAACUUUAAAACUUUUUAUGUCGGGACAUAUUAAAAAUAUUCAAGAAUUUGCUUCAUCAACGUUUUCAAAACUUGAAAUUCUUGAUAUAUUUUGGGAUGAACAAACACCAUUUGAAAUUUUUACAAAAUUGAUUCAAAAUACUAAAGGAUCACUUAAACGUAUAUAUUGGAAUACAGAUUGUCCACCUAAAUAUUCUGAAGAUAUUAGAAAUUAUCUUAAUAUUCUUACUCAUAAUACAUUUUCAAAUCUUACAUUUGCAACAGUUUGGUGGACAGAAGAAGUUGAUCAAGAAUUUGAAAAAUUUUUAAAAACGUGUACAAAUUUACAAGCUCUUAAAAUUUGUUCAUUUCCAUUAGAUGGAAUUCCACAAUCUAUAACUAGAUUAUUACAAAUUUUAAUUAAACAUGCUCCUAAUAGUUUAAAUGUUUUAGAUAUUGAUGGAGAUUGGAUUUUAACACCUGAUCAUCUUCGAACAUUUUUUGAUUCAUGGAAAAAAAAACCACGAUUAUCUUUAUUCAUAUCACCAAAAAUUACUUUAUUAGAUGAUCAUAAAUGUUUGAUAAAUUUUUAUCGAAACAUUGGUGUUUUAAAACAUUUUCAAGGAGCGGAAUUUCUUGAUGAAGUUGAAUGUUUAAAGGACAUUUUCGAUUUAUGGUUACCUUCUUGA